UGAUUAUAUUGAUUAAAAUGUUCUCACUUCAUUGAGAUUUAGAAUUUUUUUAAAUAUGCCGUUGGCCGACGUCUUUUCGUCUUUGGGGGAUAAUCCGUAUUUUGGAGCGGGUUUUGGUCUUUUUGGACUUGGUGUUGGAGCUGCUCUAUUAAGGAAAGGUGCAGCAACUGGUCUUAUUUUGUUCCGAAGAAACUUUAUGAUGACAUUAGAAGUGCCAUGUCGUGACAAGAGUUACCAGUGGGUAUUAUUGUGGAUUACUCAAAAAGCAGCUCGACGUACUCAACAUUUAAGCGUUGAAACAACAUUUGAGCAAAUGGACACAGGACGUGUUAAUACAACAUAUCACUUUUUGCCAAGCAUUGGAGUACACCUUAUAGAGUAUCAGGGAAAGUUUAUUCAAGUUACUCGCACAAGAGAACAACAAUCACUUGACCUGCAUGCUGGGGUCCCAUGGGAAAAUGUUGUUUUAACUGCUUUUGGAAGAGAUAAAUUAUUAUUUAAAAAUAUUUUAGAAGAAGCUCGGCAAAUGGCCUUAAAAACAAUGGAAGGUCGUACAAUUGUGUAUACAGCCUUAGGAUCUGAAUGGCGUCCGUUUGGUCAUCCUCAAAAACCUAGACCAUUGUCAUCAGUAGUUUUAGAAGAUGGUGUCUCAGAACGUAUUCUGAAAGAUGUUCAAAAAUUUAUAAAUAAACCAUAUUGGUAUAUUGAACGUGGUAUACCUUAUAGAAGAGGUUAUUUAUUAUAUGGUCCUCCAGGAUGUGGGAAAACUUCCUUUAUUAAAGCAUUAGCUGGUGAAUUACAGUAUGGUGUAUGUUUAUUAAAUUUGAGUGAACGUGGCCUUACUGAUGAUCGGCUCAAUUAUUUAAUGUCUGCUGCUCCUCAAAGUACAAUUAUAUUACUAGAAGAUGUUGAUGCAGCUUUUGGCGGAAGACAUGAAUCAAAACAAAUUACUGCUGCAUAUGAUGGACUUAGUCGGGUUACUCUUAGUGGUUUAUUGAAUGCUCUUGAUGGAGCUGCUUCAUCUGAAGCUAGAAUACUCUUUAUGACAACUAACUUUAUUGAUAGGCUGGAUCCUGCAUUGAUACGUCCUGGAAGAAUUGACGUAAAAGAAUUUAUUGGGCAUUGUUCUAAAUCUCAAAUUGAGAGAAUGUACAAACGAUUUUUCUUAGAUUGUGUUAAUAACGAUCAAUUAGCUAAGAAUUUUGCUGAAACUGUUUCUAAAGCAGGAAAACCUGCUAGUGCAGCUCAAAUCCAGGGUUACUUUAUGUUAGUUGAAGAUAAACUUCAUUCAGAAAUAUUAGAUAAUUACCAUAGAAUUUGGGAUUCGACUUAAUUUAUUAAUAUUUUGAUGGUUAAAAAAGUUAAUGAGAAUUUCAUUUUGUUAUAAUUAGUUACUAUUUGAAAAUAAAUAUAUAUCUAUUUUUAAAAAUGUUUGCAAGUUUAUCAUAAUUCACCUUGGCUACUUAGAACCACCAAUUCGAAUUUUUCCAAAUAUAUCUUAUAAUUGCUCAUACUACUGUAUAUUGUAAAUUUGAGGAGCAAAGUCAUUAUCUUUAGUCGUUUAUCUGUGACUUAUAGUUUUGUAGUUAAAAUAGAAGUAUAGAGGUAAUGGAAGUAAAUAUUUUUGUUUAAAUUACUUAUAUUUUAUAACUUUUCUUAUACAUGGUUUUAAUCAAAUUAGUUUAAAUUUAAUAAGUAAUACUACUUGGUUGUUUAAAAAAUUGACAUACUUGCUAAGCACUUAAGUAAUCAACUUAUUCACGUUCAUGUAUUUCAUUCUAUUUCUUUUAAUGUCAACGACCAAAGUAAAAAAUUCUUGUGC